CAAUUUCCUAUGCAGGAAUUGAUUCUUUUCAUUGCUUGUGGUAUCUUCUUACUUAAUUAUAAGGACUAGGUGAUAGUUCUCUGUCUGGAUCAUUGGGUUGGAGGUUUGAGGAGGAAAUGGGAGAAAUUAAUAAGAAAGUUAAGACAUCUCUCUGUCUGAUAUACUGGCUUAUUCUUUCGAAUCAUUUCCUUCUCUUUCCAUCAUAAGCUAUGGACCCUUAAGAUUCCAUCCAGACAUGGUUCUCGUCUUUGCUGUUGUAGGCUAGUAACAAAAUAUUUUGAUAAUAAACUUCCAUGUAUUUGGGGAUUGACUAGACUUUUCGGCAUGCAGUUCAACCAUUUGCUGUUUGGAGUUGCAACAUAAUGCCAUGGAGAUAUCUGAUGUCAACAUUAGAGCUCUGAAAUACUGAUAAAAAGAAAUAAAAUAUAUAUUUGAACUCUGAAAUCGGUUGAGCUACUGAAUUGAAUUUUGAAACGGUUGUCAGUUAUUGCCACUUUUUCCAUUGUUUUUUUGGGUGUGAAGUGUGAUUUUAGUUAUAUUAAAGAGGUAAAAGUUUUGGAUCUGCUCGCCUCACUUGGGAGAUUGUUUGAGAAGUAGUUGACUGAGUCAGUCCAGUGGUCCAAGGUAUUCAAAUUGAGGCACUGUUCACGAGUUCAAAUCCCAGUCUACCGUAUGUGGUCUAACCUUAUCAGAAAAGAUUGUUUGAGAUGACUGUAGUAAGAUUCAGGCUACCCUCUUUUGGGGUGUUUUUGGGUGUACUAUCUUUUUGCCUAAAGGCUCUUCCCCUGCUCACUGAUAAACAUGCUAAAGCAUACCAUGAGAUCAGGAAGUAAGAUCUUACUUUUUGUUUGAUUGUGUCAUUGAGGAGUCUUUGUCUCUGAUCUUACAAUCUUUCUCAUCUUCUGGUUAAUUAGAUUUUCUCCUAUGGCUAGGCGAAGUUGAUGGAAUUCUUCACUUGCCUAAAAUAAAAAAGAUUAGACUGCUCAGAAUCCAGAUGAUUUAUCCAAUUAAAGAAGGGGUUUGGCUGCUUCUCUGGAAGAAUGGGAACUAAUUUAAAGUAUGAACUGGAAUGUCUAGAUGGUCAGGCUGCGGUUUUGGCAGCUUUGGUGUCUAUUUCACCCAGCUUACCUCUUGGUUAUCCAUCUCGUUUACCCAGAUCAGUAGUUGAACUGUCUAAGAAAAUGAUAAUGGAAUCAAGUCGGAAUCCUAUGGCAGCCUCCGUUGAAAAGGAGGCUGGAUGGAUGCUCUUAUCCUCACUGCUUGCAUGCAUGCCAAAAGAGGAACUUGAGGAUCAAGUUUUUGAUAUUCUUUCUUUAUGGGCUUCCGCAUUCCAUGGAAAUCCAGAACGACAUAUCAGUGAAACAGAAGAUCUCCAAUCUAACAUAAGCGUAUGGUGUGCUGCAGUGGAUGCAUUGACAGCAUUUAUAAAGAGUUUUAUCUCUUCUGGUGCUGUGAACAAGGGGAUCUUGCUUGAACCAGUUCUGUUAUACCUUAGUAGGGCUCUGUCAUAUAUAUUGCUGUUGGCAGCCAAAGACCAAAUGAGUGUCAAACAGGCAGCGGAGAUAUUUAUCAUCAAGACACUAAUAGCCUAUCAGUCAAUUUCAGAUCCAACUGCAUAUCGGAGAGACCAUGCCCGUCUUAUUCAGAUAUGUGCAACUCCUUAUAGGGAAGCUUCAAAAUGUGAGGAAAGUUCAUGCUUGAGGAUGCUGUUAGACAAAAGAGAUGCUUGGCUUGGCCCUUGGAACCCUGGCAGGGAUUUGUUUGAGGAUGAACUUCGCUCAUUUCAAGGUGGAAAAGAUGGUCUAGUACCAUCUGUAUGGGAUAACCAGCUUCCGAGCUUUCCUCAGCCGGAGACUAUAAGCAAAAUGUUAGUGAAUCAGAAGCUCCUCUGCUUUGGCGACAUAUUUGCUUCCGAGGAUAUUGGUGGAAUGCUCUCACUCCUCGAAAUGGUUGAGCAGUGUCUGAGAGCUGGAAAGAAACAAGCAUGGCAUGCAACCAGUGUUACAAACAUAUGUGUGGGCCUGCUAUCUGGCUUGAAGGCUUUGCUUGCUCUACGUCCUGAACCCUUACCAUUGGAAGUACUUAGUCUGGCACAAUCCAUCUUUCAGAGCAUUCUGGCUGAGGGUGACAUCUGUGCUUCUCAACGCAGAGCAUCAUCUGAAGGUCUUGGCCUAUUAGCUCGGCUAGGAAAUGAUGUGUUCACUGCCAGAUUGACAAGAGUGCUCCUUGGUGAUAUAAAUUCAGCGGUAGAUUCAAACUAUGCUGGUUCAGUUGCUAUAUCACUUGGUUGUAUUCAUCGCUGCGCAGGAGGGAUUGCAUUGUCAAGUUUGGUUCCUGCUACUGUUAAUUCUCUUUCUUCUUUGGCUAAAAGUUCAAACACUGCCUUACAAAUUUGGUCUUUGCAUGGUCUACUGUUGACUGUGGAGGCUGCUGGAUUGUCCUAUGUUUCUCAUGUUCAGGCGACACUUAGCCUUGCCAUGGAUAUUCUGUUGUCAAAUGAGAUUGGUUCGACUAACCUGCAGCAGGCAGUGGGACGCCUUAUAAAUGCUAUUGUUGCUGUCCUUGGUCCUGAACUUUCUCCUGGCAGUAUAUUUUUCUCGCGUUGCAAGUCUGUCAUUGCAGAGGUCAGCUCCCGGCAAGAGACUGCAACACUUUAUGAGAAUGUCCGAUUCACUCAGCAGCUAGUUCUUUUUGCGCCACAAGCUGUUACUGUGCAUUACAAUGUGCAAACACUGCUCCCAACUCUAUCCGCAAGACAGCCAACGCUGCGACGUUUAGCUCUAUCCACUCUGAGACAUCUCAUUGAAAAGGAUCCAGGGUCCAUCAUGAAUGAAAAUAUUGAAGAUACAUUAUUCCAUAUGCUGGAUGAGGAAACUGAUGCUGAGAUUGGCAGCUUAGCACGGACCACAGUUAUGCGGUUGCUUUAUGCAUCAUGUCCAUCACAGCCAUCACGAUGGCUAUCAAUUUGCCGCAACAUGAUUCUUUCGUCAUCCUCAAGAGUGAUCAGCAGAAGUGACAGUUCACAGAAUGAUUCUUCAAGUGGUCUGGAUGGUGAAACUGGACUUAAUUAUGGAGAUGACGAUGAGAACAUGGUGUCUAGCUCCCAAAACCCAACCUUCCAAGGUUAUAGAAGCAAUCAUCCCAUUGCUUAUCUUCCUAGGAACAAGCACCUCAGAUAUCGAACAAGAGUUUUUGCUGCAGAGUGUUUGAGUCAUCUUCCUGCAGCAGUUGGAAAGAAUCCAGCCCAUUUUGAUGUAGCGUUGGCAAGAAAGCAGUCUGGCAGUGGACCAACUUCUGGAGACUGGCUGGUUCUUCAAUUGCAAGAACUUGUUUCACUUGCUUAUCAGAUCAGCACAAUUCAGUUUGAAAACAUGCGGCCAGUUGGUGUGACCCUACUGAGUACUAUUAUUGACAAGUUUGGAACAUUGGACCCUGAGCUUCCUGGACACCUUCUACUGGAACAGUAUCAGGCCCAAUUGGUAUCUGCAGUUCGAACUGCACUGGACUCAUCCUCUGGCCCUGUCCUAUUGGAAGCAGGCUUGCAGCUGGCCACAAAGAUAUUGACAUGUAAAAUCGUUAGUCGGGAUCAACUUGCCGUAAAACGGAUAUUUUCAUUAAUUUCACGGCCUCUAAAUGAAUUCAAUGACCUUUACUAUCCGUCCUUUGCAGAAUGGGUCUCAUGCAAGAUCAAAGUGAGACUCCUUACAGCACAUGCAUCUCUGAAAUGUUACACCUUUGCGUUCUUGAAAAAUCAACAGAAGGAGAUUUCCGAUGAAUAUUUAGCUUUAUUGCCUCUUUUCUCUGAGAGUUCAAAAAUUCUUGGAAUUUACUGGCUCUGUCUUCUGAAGGACUACAGCUAUAUCAGGACUCAGUCAUUUCCUAAAGAAAAUUGGAAACCAUUUCUUGAUGGAAUUCAGUCAACACUAGUUUCAACUAAAUUGCUAGCAUGUCUGGAAGAAGCUUGGCCCCUGAUCCUGCAAGCCGUGGCAUUGGAUGCGGUUCCUUUGAACACAUAUAUAGAACGAUCCUCAGAAACUGAAAAUCAAUCUGUUACGGACUUAAUUUCUGGGUACAGCAUGGUUGAGUUAGGUUCAGAAGAGUUUCGAUUUUUGUGGGGCUUUGCUCUUCUUCUUCUAUUUCAGGGGCAAGAUUCGGUUCUUGGUCAAUCUAGGCUACCUAUUGGUUCUGUCAAUGCCAUAUUAUGUGGUGGCGGUGUUGGUGAAGAAGUAAAGUCGACUUCUUUGAAGUUGUGUGAAGUUGUGUUGCCUGUGUUUCAAGUCCUGUCAGCGGAGAGAUUUUUUAGCGUUGGAUUUCUCACUAUGGUUUCCUGUCAAGAACUGCUGCAGGUUUGCUUUUUCUCCAUUUUUGUUGAAGAUACAUGGGACAGUCUUGCAAUCUCUAUUUUAUCACAGAUUGUGCAGAACUGCCCCACAGAUUUCCUGAAGACGGAAAGUUUUGUGUAUUUAGUAUCAGAACUUUAUUUGGCACUUCUUUUUAAAUCCUUCACAAGUGCAACUUCUCAGUACCAUUCAAGUCAGGACGAUAUUGUUUCUGUCUUACUUACCACAGCACCGACACUUUUAAAACGUUAUGAGCCAAAGAUGGGUUUGAAAUCAAUUUUGGCUUUUCUUUUGGUUGGUUAUAAGUGCAUUCAAAGGGCUUCAACUGAAUUUUCUCUCUCAAGAAUUCAUGAUUUUGUCCAGUGUUUAACUUCUUUGAUGAAAUCAUAUGUUACUGGUAAGCAAUUCUCAUAAUGAGCAUUCAAGUCC